CCAGGACAAGGAAGAAGAUAUACCCAAACAAAGAUCCAAGUCGCCAAGUAAGCAACCAAAAAACAAAUCCAACAAGCAAAGCGUAGAAUUUGCACAGCAUGUCUUUAUCCUGUGUGUCAAAUUUAGAAAACAACCACGAAUCAGACGCACACAUAUAACAAGCUACAGACGAUCCCUCUUCCCAACCCUUCCCAUCAAAGAGAGGUAGCUCUCCGUUCUUCAGAAACAACGGGUGUUCUUCUUCCUCCAAGCUCCACACUUCCACAGCAUCCCUAGAAAAGAAACACUUGUUCUCCCUCCUCUCCUCGCAGAAUUUUUCGAGGAAGAAACCACAAUCCAAACGGCCUGUCGCCAAGAAACUGAGAGGAACCGCGGACACAUAGUGCUUCCAUCUGCGUGAGAAGAGAAGAUGAUCCCGUUUAUAGAGCAAAGGAGUUCCGAGUUGAUCUAGCUGCGCCAGCCCUCGAGCGGAAGCCCAUCGAUGGCGAUGAUGGAAGCGCAUGGCGGCACGCCGAGGACCGAUGCCGGCGGGAGUAGGGUGGAGUCCGAGCAGAGGAAGCUACGGCGCGUCGAGCUCCCCUCCUGGUCCUGCCCUCCCAACCGGCCUCCGGGCACCUGAGCCUGCCUGCUCGGCGCUCCGGUCUUCUGCUUCUUCCUCUCUCUCGAUCUGCCUCUUUCGAUUUGUGUCCUACGGUUCGUGAACAGUCUCAGGGAGCAAGCUACGAUCCUUGCGCGCUUCUCCUUCUUGUGCCUGAUCCUGUCCUCCGCGGCUUCAACGACAGGGCUCUGCUUUUCCUGUGAUCUUGUUGGAAGCUUUGCUCCCAAGGUCCGCCAUUUCUGAGGCGACUGACCUUGGGAGAAGGUCUUUGACCUGUCUGGACCACCGUGUUCUUGGGAACCAGGCCGUCGGUCUCGCUGUUGUUUCCUUCCUGUUGGCCUCCGUUGUCUGCGCUUGCGGCUGCUGCAGGUCAACAUAUUUCUUGGGAAACACAGGUGCUUGUGCUUCGGAGCCUGCUCCUCUCUCGUCGUUGUCGCGAAGAUCUGCGACAUUCGGGACGACAAAGCGUGCUCGGUUCUUGGCCCUCGUGCCUGUAAAUCCUUGCUUCGCAAGCGUCGAUCGAGCUUGUCUCCCCCGUGGCAGUUCAAGAAACAAUAUUCUGACCCCUGGUUUGCAUUUCACCUCGCCGAUUUCUCUGUAGCUGCAGCUGCAGCCAGUACGCUCUCGAUCUUGCAUCCUUUGGCCUUGUGGGACGACAUGAACUCUGGCCUCUUCAGCGGCGCGGUGGGGCUCUACGAUGGGUUUUACGGUGGUUUCGGCGGCGGGCAUGGGCCUGAACAUGGCUUUGGCCAGCAGCUGGGAGCGUCGACGUCGUCGGUCCUGCUGGACGGCGAGACGGGGGAGCUGGGCGCAGCCGCCGCCGCGGACGUGCCGAAGAGGAAGGGAGGAGGGCGGGAGGAGAAGGCGGCGACGGCACUCAGGAGCCACAGCGAAGCGGAGCGGCGGCGGAGGGAGAGGAUCAACGCGCACCUGGCCACGCUCCGGAGCAUGCUCCCCUGCACCGACAAGAUGGACAAGGCGGCGCUGCUCGCGGAGGUGAUAAACCACGUCAAGAAGCUCAAGAGCGAGGCGGCGCGGGUGGGCAAGCACUGCCCCGUCCCGUCCGGCGCUGACGAGGUCACCGUCGAGGUCGUCCAGCAACCGCAAGAAUCCCCCCACCACGACCGCACCGGCGCCGCCUUCCUCGUCAAGGCGACGCUCAGCUGCGGCGACGGCUGCGCGGACCUCUUCGCCGACGUGAGGCGCGCGCUGCAGCCGCUCGCGCCGAGGGUCGUCGGCUCGGAGGUCACCACGCUGGGCGGGCGCGUCCGGAUCACCGUCGCCAUGUCGCGCGAGGGCGCCGUGACCGCGGCCUCGGUCCACCAGGCGCUCGACUCGGUGCUCGACAGGGUCGCCAGCGCCGCCGCCGCCUUCGAGUUCUCGCCGAGGGACUCGCUCCUGGCCGGCAACAAACGCCGGAGGGUCUCCACGUUCGACUCCUCCAGCUCUUCUUGUUGACACGGCCGGCUCCACGGAUUAUUCGGACCGUCCAACCGACAGUAGGACGCUUUGGUGCAUGCAUGGUGGAUCCAUCCGGCUUCGCCCACAGAUUGACUCUGAGCCUGCGAUGCAAAGAUCGUGCGACUUGACUUUUCAUCGGUCGUGGCUCGUGGAGAUACAAAAGCAAAGUGCCAUGUGAACAUUGCUUGGGUUGAUUGUCUUCUGAUUUGUAUAAGAAUUGACAUUUUCCAGGCUAUUCAGACUUUUGGGUGGAACUUAAA